AACGUUCCAUAGCUGGUCUCUGAAAGAGAAGGAGCCUGGGGGCGAUAGCUGGUCUCUGAAAGAGAAGGAGCCUGGGGGCGAUAGCUGGAUGCUGCAGUAUCCGAUGCAUACGCGCCCAACGUAUCUAUCUGUAUGGGGAUUGGGCAGGAUGCUGUGAGAGAAGCGCGGGGGGUCGCGGGCGAUGCAAUGCAUUUCAGUGGCGUUUAUGCCAAUACUUAUUGCGUCUGCUCUAGUUAACUUCAGACAAAUUUGCCUUUCGAAUCGAUAAUUCCGACCGACACCUACCACACACACCCACAUAAACGCGAAUCUCUUCCUCCUUCAAAUUAAACCUAUGAAUUACUCGCAACGGGUGGCCGCUUGGUUGAGUUCUCUACCAGUGAAUGUAGUUCAAAUAAUAUGUGGUCGCUUCGGUAAAUUGGAGAUGAUAUCCUUCUGGUUGCUCUGUUGGAGGCUGCUGAGAGCCACAGCUGGAGUGAAGAGGAUAAAGGGGAAUGAAGUGAGAGAGAGCUGCAGUGCCAGUGCCAGCGACACUCCACAAGAGAAACAACAAGAACAAGAAUCCCACUCUGGGGCCGUAGCCAUGGAGACCAGCCAGCUUUCAGGGACGGACGAGCUAACAGACUAUAAAAUGGAUUCUGGGGAAACGGAGGACCAGAGACCCCUGCUUAGUGAGAGCGAGGAAGAAUGUGACCAAGAACCUUUCGCAGAAUACAGAGGAACAAAAGAGAACAUAAAAACGUCAGUGGAUGAACCAGACGAGGAUGAUGAACAUGUGGAGGGAAACAGAGAGGAGGGGAUUCUCAACUUUGGGACAGGACAAGAUGACUUCAGUCUAAAAGAGUUACUCAACUCCUCAAGUAUAUUUGGGAGUGAACCCGUUUGCAAGGUGGAAGACCUGCUUGCAGAAGAUGACGUGGACAACUCUGCUCCAUCAGAAGUGAUGGUGACACAAGAGUCCAUCUUGGAGCAGCUUAUCCGAGAGGAGGUCUCCUCUGACGUUUCUACGGGGUCCUGUCAUGACCUUGACCGAGACGACCUGAGUGACUGUCUGCAGGUAGAAAUGGCCAUCGUGUCAUCAGACAGCGAGACUGAUGACCAAUGGAGGUCCACUUUUGCAUCUACAGUCAACAAGGAGGAAAGGUGUGAUGGAAAUGCUCAAGAUGCUCUCGAGAAGGAUACAUUUGCAGGGGAGGCAGAGAAUGGGGCCAAGGAUGAAACUGCAGAUAGUCCUCACGAGCUUGAACAACCCGAUUGCCCCACAGAAUGCGAGAUCCAAGACCAAGAUAUGUCCUCUGACCAGUUCAAGGUCUUAUCAGAGAUUCCAGAGGAUGAGGAAGAGGCCAGCCAAGGCGGAGCUUGCAAAGUACGUCGUUCUACAUCUGCAAGCUCUUCUGUAAGCUCUGACCCUGAUAAGAAGGUUCCUCAAGACUACUGUGUGAUACAAGAAAUGACGAGCAAGAACGUUAGUACAGAGCAUGUGGACUUCCAGGGGGCUCGGAAGCAGUGGCGCCAAAUGGAGGAGCAGACCAAAGGACAGGUCCAGGUCCACCAGCCCACUGUCAGACAGCAGGGGAUGUGCCAGGGAGGCCACAGCGCCAUGUACACACCUGUCAGGAACAUCGACCGACCCAGGAGGGACACCGAACUCGACAACCUCGCCCUGGGUGACUUUCAUCACACCCAGUUCAGCCCAUGUUCAGAAGACUCAGGUCUGGAUGACCUCAGCUACAGGUCCCCUUACGAGGACUCAGACAACCCUGUCGAAAGGGAGAUACGACAGACCAUAGAGCGUGAGGAAAACUUCAGGCGGGAGAGAGGGAUCGCAAAACAGGGUCAAGCUGGAGAAUCAUCCGCACAUCCCAGACCAACCACUCUCUACCCCGGCAAGUACGGGAAAGGUUUUUGCCAGGAGGUGGAGGAGAAACGGAAGAUGUUUGACUCUAGUGAUCCCGGAUGCAGGCCACUGAGGUCUCCAGACGCAAAAACCCCAACCUUCUCCAUAGCCACCUCCCCCUCACCCACACCGAGGUGUGCGACCUACCAUGAAAUGACCGCCCAAAACGUGAUCAUCCUGGAGCCAGACUCCUACCCAGCCAGCCCAAGGCACCGCACCCGAGGAUCCCUGCUAUCCCCGGGUCCCAGCCGUUACAGCGAGUGGCCUUUGGAGACGUCAGCCAACGUCAUCAUUCUAGAGACGUCUAACCUGAUCAUUCGGAGUGCCUCAGAGUUCUGCCUGAGCUCGGCCUCCUGCCAGGAGACCCAGGAGAGCACAUUUGUCAACAACCCCUUCUUCAAACUGCGCUCGCGGAGCUCCAUGUCCCUGGUGGACCAGGAGAUUAAGAUGGUGAAGCAGAGGGAGGAGGAGUGGAGGAGGCAGAGGAGCCAGAUGCACACCAGGGAGAAGUAUGACACUGUUGUGGUGUCCCCGAACCUGGAGAACCUGAGCUUUGAUACAGCAGAAGUGCCACUGAAAUGUGUGUCUUCCCCUUCAUCACCAUCAAGGACUCGAAAGCUGGACCGCUCCACCCUGUCAUGUGACCAUAGGUUUUACAGGUGAAACUCUUUCCCCCAGUUCCCAGAAUCACUCUCCACAUUACCAAGGAAAAAGAAUGCGAUGGCUCAGAGAUGGGAGGCAGGACUAUUUGUCAACCACGAACAAGAGUGAAGAACAUCAAACCUGAAUAAUCCCAUUCCAUAUUACUACAGCUGCCAACUUCCUGAACUUUGCUAGAUGUUUCCAGUUCUAUUAUUGAUACAGCUUGAAUAUAUAUAUAUUCAUUACUGGUACUGUACUUUUAAAGUUAUUGUGAAAUAAAAUAUGUAAUUGGUAUUGUAAGAGAUAUGACACAAUGUAAUGAACACAGAUGGACUACCGGAUGAGUACAUUAUGAUAUUGUUCAGUUAAGAUCUUUACAUAUUUUUAAGUACCGUCUUGGUUAUACAAAAGAAAGAUAUUUAUGGUAUUUUCGUAUUGUAUUUUCCUCUAAAUAGAGUUUAAACUAAAGAGGCAAUAAGAAUAUUAUGAUAAAUGUGGAAAUCCAAAGCAGUAAAAAACGAAUCUAUCAUUGUUCUAAAAUAAAGAAUGCAUAUUAUGAUUACCUAUAUAAUUAACUUCAUUUAAAAUGUUUAAUGUGAUAGCCACUUAUAGUAUAGGAUAUUCAAAGCUUGACCCGACAUUGCCAUUUUGAGAUGCCUUUUUCAACUAUACUACUGUUUUUUAUGCUUCACAAUGUGAUCUUUUUUGUUUGCAGGUGGUCUAGUAUUAUGUACUAAACUAAUGCAAAACUCCAAGGUGAAUACUUUAAAGUUUAAAUUGUAUUCUCUGUUAUUUUAAGUGUUAAGUUGUUCCAUGGAGAUUUCGCUUUUGUUUGUAUUUGUUAUUCUCAAUUGAUAAUUCUGCAUCAAAAUAAAGUUGUAUUGACAUUAAGGAAAA